CGGCCGGGACUACUACUAGUAGCGGCAAGAUGUUCAACUUUGGUAUGUUCGCGCUCGAACAAUUUAAAGGCCGGCUUCAUGAAUGGCCACAGUAUUGCUCCCAUAUUGUACAGAUACCACACUUGAAAGAUGGCUACGCUGCGUUAGUUUCUGAGAUUGAACGAGAAAUGAGCAAGAAUCAGGGCGCUGCUUCCGUGGCAGGCCAACAGCCUCCUGUACCAAAAGUUCUUGAAUCAGGACUCGCUGGCGACACUUUACUACCUCAUCCACCGGGCGAGGCAAUAACGUCCCAUCGAUCCCAAAGUGCUCCCGUACCAAGUGCGCUUGAGCUAUCGUCGGAGGUGCUGAACUUAUCCUCGCCGCCGCGGGUUGCCGAGUUUGGGCCUAAGCUUGGGCGUGCCGUGACGGAUAGUCCUGAUUCCGAAAACGACUUUGAUGCUCCGACGGAUACGGUUUUAGACCGCGUCCAGUUCUUGGUGAAUAAUCUUGCACAGUCAAACGUAGAGCAGAAGGCUCAGGACCUCAAGGAGAUGUUGGACCCAAAGUACUUUGGUUGGCUUGGUCAUUUUUUGGUUGUAAAGCGCAUUAGCACACAAGCAAAUUUUCAUUCGCUCUAUUUGUCAUUCCUCGACAAUCUAGGGGACUAUGGAAAAGGUUUGAUGGAAGCGAUCAUCAAUAGCGUUUACCGCAACAUCGGAAAGCUUCUUCGAUCGUCCAAAAUUACGACGUCGUCAUCGGAGCGAGGAUAUCUCAAGAAUCUAGGAAUUUGGCUUGGUCAGAUUACUCUGGCUCGAAAUCGGCCAAUUCUGCAGAUUAUGUUGGACGCAAAGGAAUUGCUACUCCAGGGAUACGAAACGGGCAAGCUGAUCGCGGUUGCCCCGUUUUUGGCAAAGACCCUUGAGGGUGCGAAAAAUUCCAGAAUUUUUCGUCCACCAAAUCCUUGGCUCAUGGGCAUUCUUGGUGUAUUUCGGUCGGUUUACAUGGUCGACGGUCUCAAGAUGAAUAUUAAAUUCGAAGUUGAAGUUCUCUGCAAAAAUCUUGGCAUAAAGCUGGAAGAGAUUCCGCUCCGCAACGGCGUCCUGGCGAAGCGCAUCGCACCGGUGAAAGAACGUAAUCCUGAUUUUAACAUCAAGAGCGCAUCAUCGGGGUCAAAGUCGUCCGCAACGGGAGUCGUGCCUUCCCGCUCUCUUGUCGGUAGCUCUGAGGCUCAGUCUCUCAAUUUGCCGAUUCCGUCGACAGUACCAAGUAGCGAGGAUAAGUCGGGGCAAGACCCACAGGACACGGUAAUACCUAAUCUUGCCUCUUACGUCACAGUCAACGCAAGCUUGCCGCAGCUUCUCCAAACCCAAGGGAGCC